AUGUGGAUUUUGAAGUAUCCAAUGAAAAGAACAUAUCAAAUUAUCUUCGUUAUAAUGGCACUUCAUUAUUGUUUUUCUCAAAGAAAUGUUUUAAAGUUUAAACCAUACGCGCGAAGUUCCAGCUUAGAUCCAGCUUCAUAUGCAGUGGACGGUGACACAAAUCCGUUAAAAUAUUUCCACGUUGACUUCGAACCUUUGAGGGAAUAUUGGUUGAUAGUGGACAUGAUCAUGUCGUACAAGAUUGAAUACGUCGUUCUCUGGAGCAGGCUUGGUCCCACUUAUACUGCACGCAACGAUUACUUCAUCAUCGGACUGACCAACGUCAACUACUUUAAUCUCUCGACCGGCGAAACCAUCAGAGGGAGGUUUCCCCUAUGCGGUCAGUACCUAACGACCACCAAGUCAGCUGCACCACACCGACUCAACUGCACUUCCAAGGUACCGCCCUACAGAUACGUCAUCGCUCAACAAAAAUUGGGACAACCUUUUGGAUUCGCUGUUGCUGAACUUGAAGCUUUUCCACUGAAUGGCAUAAAAUCUUUGGCGUCUGUUGAAUGGGAUGAAAUUGAACGGAUUAGAAGUUCUUUCGAAAGAAACCAAGAGUGUUCUCGGCUGUGUGACAUCCUGCUUGCAGCUUGUCGGCUGUUUCUCUGUUAA